CGAGAGCGUCUACAACGACAAUAAUUCUAUUGGCGUCUCAAAGCAUUUGAUCAUUUUGUCUUUCUCCCUCGUUUUUCUCUCUCCUAUUCAGGCCAAAUAGUAGUUAAAUUCCCAGAAUAAAUCAUUGACAAGAUCUCUCUCUAUAUUUCUCUGAUCUUCUCAACGCCAAACUCUCCUCUUUCUAUAAUCAACUACAACUAACUCCUCUUUCUCUGUAUUAUCUUCUCUAUUGAACUAACUAUUUAUUUAUUUGAUUAAUUAAAAAAUUUCCAAUUUCACCAAAUCUUUGUUUUUUCAAGCAAAGAUUCAAAUUUUGUUAGUUUUCAUCGAUUGAUAUGAGCUGUUGAGCAAUUGGGUCGUCGUGAUUUCGCCGGAUAAUCAUGCCCCCGGCCGUAAAUUUGCAGGAGACGGUGGAAUCAUUGCCGUGUUCUUCUUCAAUAGCAUCUCGUUUCCCUGAUCUUAGAGGUGUUCGAUGGCGUAUAAAUCUUGGGGUUCUUCCAUCUUCUCUCUCCUCCACCAUUGAUGAUCUCCGCCGCGUAUCUGCCGAUUCUCGCCGCCGGUAUGCUGCUUUAAGAAGGCGCCUCCUUGUUGAUCCACAUGUAACCAAAUUUAGUGAUGAUUCUUCAGAUCUAGUUGUGGAUAACCCACUGUCCCAAAAUCCUGAUAGCACAUGGGGUCGCUUUUUUCGAAAUGCAGAGUUGGAACAAAUGGUUGACAAAGAUUUAUCUCGCUUGUACCCUGAGCAUGGUAGUUACUUCCAGACACCAGGAUGUCAAGGCUUGUUGAGGCGAAUUUUGUUGUUGUGGUGCCUUCGGCAUCCAGAAUGUGGUUACAGACAAGGGAUGCAUGAACUUUUGGCUCCUUUAUUGUAUGUGCUUCAUGCGGAUAUUCAGCAUCUUAAUGAAGUUCGCAAACUUUAUGAAGAGCACUUCGUAGACAAAUUUGACGAGGUUUUGUUGCUUGAAAGUCAUGAUUUCAAUUUCAAGAUAUCUGCCGACACUCUAGAAGAUGACACGGGCCUUCAAGAAAGUUCCAGAAAACAUACAAGUCUUUCUGAACUUGACGCCAGUGUACAAACUAUUGUUCAGGUAACUGAUCCUUACGGGGCAGAGGGUGAGCUUGGCAUUCUGUUAUCUGGAAAGUUUAUGGAACAUGAUGCAUAUUGUAUGUUUGAUGCUUUAAUGAGCGGAGCAGGUGGUGCUGUAGCCAUGGCCGAAUUUUUCUCCCAUCCACCUGCUAGUGCUACCCAAACAGGCUUACCACCUGUCAUUGAAGCUUCAUUAGCACUUUACCACUUGCUUUCUAUUGUUGAUUCCUCAUUGUACAAUCACCUUGCUGAACUGGGUGUUGAGCCUCAAUACUUUGCUCUUCGCUGGCUACGUGUUCUAUUUGGCCGCGAAUUUUCUCUCGAGAACCUAUUGGUUAUCUGGGAUGAGAUGUUUUCAUUUGAUAACAAUGCAUCUGUAACAGCUCCUGCAAAUGAUCCUGGGGUCUUGAACUCCCCCAGGGGAGCAUUUAUAUCUGCAAUGGCUGUUUCCAUGAUGCUCAGUGUGAGAUCUUCUCUACUUGCCACUGAAUAUGUCACUUCGUGUCUUCAGAGAUUACUCAAUUUCCCUAAAAAUGUAGACCUUGAGAAAUUGAUAGGAAAAGCGAAAUCUUUGGUGCCACUUGCUCUAGCGGCCAAUGUUCCUUCACAUUCUACUCCAGUGAUUGGUCUUGGCUCCCAAAACAAGCAAAUGGCAGUGAAAGGUCAUGCGCAUAGUCUCUCAUUUGAUUCAAGUGGUCCAGGAACACCAGUGAGUCUUGUACCUGAGAGAUAUUGGGAAGAGAAAUGGAGAGUUGCGCAGGAAGAAGAAGAAACUAAGAAGGAAAUUUCUGCCAAAAAAGUCUCUUCUCAGAGGAAAGGUUGGACAGAGAAAAUCAAAUCAAGGCUAUCUAGAACUGAAUCUGACCCAUCCCCAUCAAAAAGAGAAGCCAGACAGAGAGAUAAAAAACCAUCUGUCAGAAAAAACCUGCUGAAAGAUUUGUCCCAGCAACUAAACUUUGGGGAAGAUUCUGAAGAAACAGGGCAUGAUAAAUUGUCUUGUCUCGAGGAUCCCCUUUAUAUCGACUCCGAUGUGUUUGUCCAAGAUGCUGGGGAUGAAAGUGUUGCUUACAUCGGUGAGAGCUGUUCUGGCCUAAGCGUUGCCAGUGAAGAGCAUUCUCCUGCCUUUUCAGAGCCACAGAGUCCUGCUGAAAAUGACUCUGAGAAAAGCAGUAUUGCAUCAAAUAUAUCGCACGAUUCAAUUGAUGGUGGAACCAUAGGUUCUUCUUCGUUUCAGUCUACUACAGAAGAGCCGCCCCUACCAAUUUCUGAUGUACCUGAUGCAAAUGCUUAUGAAGCAUCUGGUUCCGAUAAUAGCUCAAAAGAAGUAUCAGCAAUAGUUUCAAAGGAACGGAAAAGUUUAACGGGUAAGUUCCAGUGGUUCUGGAAGUUCGGCCGCCAAGCCUCUGGUGAGGGACCUUCUGAUAAAAAGUCUGAGGUUGAGGAUAUCAAACCAGCUGAUGGAGAGGAUCUUCUGAUAAAUAAACCUGGGUCUUCUGUUGAUGAGAUAAACUGCAGCCUUGUGAAUAUAAAAUCAGACGGCUGUGACCAGAAUUUGUUAUGUACAUUGAGGAACCUUGGCCAGUCUAUGCUGGAAAAUAUUCAGGUGAUCGAGUCAGCAUUUCAGCAAGAAAAAGGUCAAGCUGGUUCAUUAGAUAACCUUUCUAAGCAUGCCCUUGUCGAGAAAGGGCAAGUAACAGCAAUAACUGCUUUUAAGGAGCUUCGGAAAAUCAGCAAUCUUCUGCGGGAGAUGUAAGGCUGGUUCUACUUAUCUCUCACCUGUAUAUAGUAUUGUUUUGGUAGCUAAAUGCAUUUUAAUUGUAUACACAGAAUAAAGAGAUUUCUCUAUAAAGCUCAUUCUGUGGUAGAUUGAAUUUGUGUGAGCAAUUUGUAAAUGAGGAAUGCCCAUUUUUUUCUACUUGGUAGAGUAUAUACGUAGUUAUUUAUUCA